AUGGCUGCUCCUCUUUCCCUCCACUACAUCAGACUACCUUUCUCUUCAGAUAAUCCAAUCUUACACAACAAACCAACCACUUCCACCGCCAUCGCCGCUGCCCCCAUCACCACCGCCACCAAAACUAGUAGGACCAACAAUCCAAUUGAACCACACCCAUGUCUCGCAUUGCUAGACAAAUGCUCCACCAUGUCCGAGCUUAAGCAAAUCCACGCCCAGCUCCUCCGAACCGGCCUCUUCUUCGACGCCUUCACCGCCAGCAAAGUCGUUGCCUUUUCCGCUCUGGAAGGCUCCGGAAGCCUCCAUUAUGCUCGUUUAGUCUUAACUCAAAUCCCCAAUCCCACCACUUUUACUUGUAAUUCGGUUAUUCGAGGCUACACCAACAAGGAUUUGCCCCGUGAAGCCAUUUUUUUCUACCAAGAAAUGAUCAUCCAAGGUUGGGUGCCUGACAGGUUUACAUUCCCAUCUCUGUUCAAGUCUUGUGGGGAUUUGUGGGAGGGGAAACAGCUGCAUUGCCACUCUACCAAGUUGGGUUUCGUUUCGGAUUCAUACAUUCAGAACACGUUGAUGAAUAUGUACUCGAAUUGUGGGUGUUUGAUCUCGGCUCGCAAGGUGUUUGAUAAAAUGUUGGAGAAGAGUGUGGUUUCUUGGGCAACCAUGAUUGACGCUUAUGCGCAGUGGGAUCAACCCAUUGAGGCUUUAAAGCUGUUUGAUAAGAUGGAGAGUGAAAGUGUGGAUCCUAACGAGGUUACUUUGGUUAAUGUUUUGACAGCAUGUGCCAAGGCAAGGGAUUUGAAAAUGGCCAAAAGGGUGCACCAGUACAUUGAAGAGAAUGGUUUUGGAAACCAUUUGAAGCUCAAUACGGCACUCAUGGAUGUUUAUUGUAAAUGUGGAUGUGUAUUGCUUGCUCGAGAUUUGUUUGACAAGAUGCCCGAGAAGAACUUGUUCAGUUGGAACAUUAUGAUCAAUGGACAUGUUGAGGAUAGUAAUUAUGAUGAGGCCUUCCUACUCUUUCGUGAAAUGCAGCUUAAGGGCGAAAAGGGGGAUAAGGUGACCAUGAUAAGUUUAUUGCUUGCUUGCAGCCAUUUGGGUGCUCUAGAGCUUGGAAAGUGGCUGCAUGCCUAUAUUGAAAAGGAGAAGAUUGAGGUGGAUGUUGCCCUCGGGACGACACUUGUCGACAUGUAUGCGAAGUGUGGGAGCAUAGACGGUGCAUCGGAAGUUUUUCGAAAGCUGCCUGAGAAGGAUGUUAUGACUUGGACAGCCUUGAUUUCUGGCUUUGCAAUGUGUGGACAAGGGAAGAAGGCUUUGGAGCAUUUCCAUGAGAUGCAGAUGAGUGGAGUGAAACCAGAUGCAAUAACCUUUAUUGGGGUAUUGGCUGCUUGUAGCCAUGCUGGAUUAGUGGAUGAAGGAAUUUUGCAUUUUAACUCGAUGCAUGAAGUGUAUGGCAUUCAGCCUAGCAUUGAGCACUAUGGUUGCAUGGUUGACAUAUUAGGCCGAGCUGGUCGCAUAUCUGAAGCAGAAGAGUUGAUUCGGAAGAUGCAAAUGCCACCGGAUCGUUUUGUUUUGGGAGGGCUUCUUGGUGCCUGUAGAGUCCAUGGCAACCUUGAGGCUGCAGAAAGAGCAGCUCAACAGCUUCUAGAACUUGACCCGGACAAUGACGGAGCGUAUGUGCUUCUUUCAAACUUAUAUAGCUCUAUGAAAAAGUGGGAAGAGGCCAAAAGAAUUAGGGAACUCAUGGCAGAAAGAAAUGUGAAGAAAGCUCCAGGUUGCAGUCUGAUUGAGGUUGAUGGUAUUGUCCAUGAAUUUGUGAAGGGUGAUUCAUCUCACCCGCAAUCGACAAACAUCUAUGAAAUGCUUCAAGACAUGAUCGAGCGGUUAAAGAAAGCUGGUUAUGUUCCUGAGAAAUCAGAGGUGUUGUUGGAUAUAGAUGAAGAAGAGAAGGAGACUGCACUGAGCGUACACAGUGAAAAGCUGGCAAUUGCAUUUGGGCUCAUAAGCACAAACCCAGGGACAAAAUACGAGUUGUGA